GUGUCAUUACCACAAGAGAAGAGACCCAGUACAUAUCAGCAUCCCAGAUACGACCCGAACAGUCUCCUGAACUGUCACCAUGACCUCAGUCACAUGUCAGAUGACCCCGGUCACAUGACAAAUAGUCAGCAGUCAAUGACUGUCCCAGAUGUUUCCAUGGUAACAAAGUCCUCCAUGCUGUAUGGUACCAAUAACUCUGGUCUGAUAGUAAGGGUGAAGGCCAGUCCACUUCUUACAGCUUUUGCUGACAAAAAGGACAAGAAAAAAGCCACAAAGGGACAGAGGAUAGCUGCAGCACUUGCUUCCUCCUUCUUAAGUCCAUUUACAAAGUUUCUGCCUGAUGAUGGUGAACCUUCUGCAGAAUCAGAGGCACAGAGCUUAGGAAGUUGGACAUUAAAGAAGAAUACAAAGAGGAAAGAACGAUCUCCUAGCCCACCUAAAGGUCCACCUCCAAAGAAAGUGAAGUCAGACCCUGUAUCAGAACAGAUUGAAUUGUCAGUGAGGGAGAUGUCGAUCCAGCAGAGACAGAGGGACAAAGAGGACCAUGUUAAUCUGAAAACAACAGACGAUGACAAACCUAAGAAAAAGAAGAAGAAGAAGGAGAAGAGAGAGAAGAGAGAAGACGCUGAGUUUGCUGCCUUUGAUUACAGCCAGGCAGACCAAAAUAUGUUCUUAGGUGGUGACAGUAAGAAGAAAAAACAUGAUGUUUUUAACCCGUACACUUCAUUACAAAGUAAAGGAAACCAGAAGGUUGGAAGAUCCAGUCAAUCAUUUUCCCGAUCCCAGAAGAGUCACAGUUACAAACAGGAUGGAAAAAGAGGGGGGAGGAGCCACAACUGGCCGAAACAGAAAUGAGUGGCAGGAAUGGGUCAUAAUCAACCAAAACAGAGAUGAAGGACUAUUUCAUAAAUCUCUUUGUGCUGUCCAAACUGCAACAACAGUAUCACAUUUGUGUUGACAUUUUCAUAGUCAUAUUAAAAUUACAAUAAUAAUUGGUAAUAUACAGCAUUUGAUGUCUUCAGAAUUAUCUAUCAGAAGAACAUAGCUGUGUGUUUAACAUAAAUAACACAACUGUUUACAAAAAAAUGUUGAAUAUAUUGAUAUGCAUGUAUGUGAUUUGUUAAUACUGAAUU